AAGGUCGAUGAUUCUCUACCCAUUAUCGAUGUUGGCAUUGUGUGAUUGAUAUUUUUCACGUAAUAGAUGGCAAGUCACUGUUCAUGUUAGGUAUUUGUGGAAAUACGGCGUGUGUACAAACGUAAUACUAUAUUUAAUAGCAGCCAUGUCUAUCAUGUCAUACAAUGGGGGUGCCAUUGUGGCAAUGAAGGGGAAGAACUGUGUAGCCAUAGCAGCUGACAAAAGAUUUGGCAUUCAGGCUCAGACUCUGGCCCUGGACUUUCAGAAAAUAUUUGAGAUGGGUCCACACCUGUUCAUUGGCCUGCCAGGACUAGCUACUGACACGCAGACCGUUCACCAGCGUCUCAAGUUCCGACUCAACCUGUACGAGCUCAAGGAAAACCGCCACAUCAACCCAAAGACAUUUGCUGCCAUGGUAUCAAAUUUGUUAUAUGAGAGGAGGUUUGGACCCUAUUUCAUCGAGCCUAUAAUCGCAGGACUGGACCCCAAGACAUUUGAACCAUAUGUGUGUAACAUGGACCUCAUUGGCUGCCCCAAUGAGCCUGAGGACUUUGUUGUGGGUGGGACAUGCACAGAGCAACUGUACGGGAUGUGCGAGACGCUGUGGGAGCCUGACCUGGAACCUGAUGACCUGUUUGAGACGAUAUCACAGGCUCUCAUCAGUGCUGUGGACAGGGAUGCCAUCUCUGGCUGGGGAGCUGUUGUUCACAUCAUUGAGAAGGACAAGAUCACCACCAAGUCUCUGAAGACGCGGAUGGACUGAGCCAUGACUUCAGGAUUAUUUUGCUUUUUCUUUGUAUUAUGUUUUGUAUGUCAUUUCCAAUAAAGUGUUUGUGCAUGGUUUCUUUA